AUGCCCCUUUCCCCAGCUGAAAUAGAACGCGCAGAGCGACUGCUUAAACGUACAAUCGCAAAACGUGACUCGUUAGUGUCACAAAUGCAAUUUCUCUGCGAUCUAGCUAAAAAGUUGGAAGUGAAUAGUGAGGUCCUUCCAUUGUUCCGCGCUCGUAAAAGGGACAUCGGUUCUCUUCGUACACAAUUUAAUGUUGAGCAGGAUGCUAUUUUGGACAUACUCAUACAACUCGUACGCGACGAAGAGUAUGACAACGUUCAUGUGCCUAUUGCAAACAGAAUGUCGGAAUUUUAUUAUAGUAUUAUGACUAUUGCUGACACCGUUCUUGAUGAGACGCCUACGUCCUCUUCCACGAUCGAAUCCAACAUUAACAGUAGCUCAAACAUACAACUUCCAAAGAUUGAUUUACCAAAAUUUGACGGAACUCUAAUUAACUGGAUUUCAUUCCGGGACACGUUUAUUUCUUUGGUACACGACAACUUAAAUAUUGGAAAGUUAGAAAAAUUCCAUUAUUUAUUAAUUUGUGUUUCUGGUUCAGCGCUUACUGUCGUCAAGGCCAUACCUUUAUCUGCGGCCAAUUACGACAUUGCAUGGAAGGCUUUGAUUGACCGUUAUGAUAAUCAGCGAUUACUUGCUACUGCCCAUUUAGAGAAGUUAUUCGCCUUUCGUCCAAUUAAUACGGAGUCCCUUUCUUCACUUUCAGCAUUUGUGAGCACUUUUCAAGAGAACAUCGCCGCAAUCAAAGUUCUCGGAGUGAAUGAUCUUGCGGGAUUUAUGUUAUUUUUUAUCGGUUCUCGCGCGUUAGACCCCGUCACCCGUAAUCUUUUUGAGAGUACUGUGUCACAAGAUUCUGUUCCCGUAUUUGAUGUAUUGCUUAAAUUUGUACAACAGCGGUGUAAGGUAUUGGAAAAUAUUAAAAGUUCCGAAAAAUUGGUUACCCACUCAACAAAAAUCAAGAACAACCCAAGUUCUCGUGCGGUGUUGACUAUUACUGACGCGAAUUUUACGUCGCCGGGUACCUCUUCCGAACCUAUUCAAGGACGAAAGUUUCAACGCAGUUGUGCGUAUUGCAAACAGGAUCAUCCCAUUUAUCGAUGUCAAGCUUUCUCGAAACUUACGGUAAUUAAACGACGUGAAUUUGUAUCGUCAAAUAAACUUUGCUUCUCAUGCAUGAAUCCCUCGCACGCGGUGUCAGUCUGCACGUCAAAGUAUAACUGCAAGACUUGUGGUGAACGUCACAACACCCUUCUGCAUUUAAAAUCCGAAAACAAGCAUUCUCAGCCUGGUCCUACGUCGAAUCAUGUGAUCACAACGAAUCAGUCCGAUUCCAUCGAAUCAAAAACUCAAUUUGCUGGCACGUCUUACACUAAUAAUACUGUCGUACUCGGGACGGCCUGUGUCCGUAUUCAGGAUCGCUGCGGUAGCUAUCAUUCAGUGAGAGUAUUAUUAGACAGUGGAUCACAGAUAUCAGCCAUAACUUCUGAGUGUGCCAACCGUAUCGGAUUGGGUCGUCAAAAAUGUCGCACGGAGAUAUCAGGCCUAGGCCAGAAUCAAGUCAUACCGGUCAAGGGUCGAACUGAAUGCUCGUUCAUUCCAGGUCAAUCCAUGGAACCAGUUAUCAGUUGCAAGGAAGUGUUGGUCCUUCCACGAAUUACAUCAUUCAUGCCAGCCAGACCUUUACCAUCAAGUGUACGUGCGCAGUAUCAAAACCUCCAACUCGCGGAUCCGGACUUUGAUAAACCUGCCCGGAUCGACAUGCUUCUGGGUUGUGAUGUUUUUCCUUAUUUAAUUCGCCAUUGUUCGAAAAUCAUACAUUCGGAUAGCUUACCGUCAGCGUUGGAUACAUAUCUUGGUUGGGUUUUAGUUGGUACAGUGGUCAAUUCUUCAUCAAACGAUCAUUUGGCUUCAUCCAAUUCCUUAUCGAUCACGUUAAAUCCAUCUCUGGAUACAUUGCUGCAUCGAUUUUGGUCCGUCGAAGAGCCUGCAACGCCAUCUAUCCCUACUACAGAGGACGAACUUUGUGAAAAAUGGUUUAAGCAGACUGUAUCGCGGAACGCAUCGGGUAGGUUUUGCUUGGCAUUACCCUUCCGAGACGUCGUCUUUGCCGAGACAGGUUCACAACCUGUCACUACCGUCUCCGACUUGUCGUCCUCCCAUGGGCUCGGCUCCUCACGAUCGAUGGCCCUCAAACGGUUAUUUAAUUUGGAACAACGUCUGAGUAAAGACCAGGCUCUAUACGAUGCUUACCGGUCAUUCAUGGACGAAUACUUGUCAUUGGGCCAUAUGAAAAUUGCGACACGACCAGGAAAGUAUUUCAUACCGCAUCAUGCGGUAGUGAAACGUGAUGGUGAUGUAUCGAAGUUACGAGUGGUCUUCGACGCGUCGGCCAAAUCAUCCUCCGGUACUUCUCUUAACGAUUCCUUGUGCAUUGGACCAAAAUUGCAAACGGAGAUUGGUGAAUUACUAUUGACUUGCCGCUUAUACAAAUUCAUCUUCAUUGCCGACAUUGUCAAGAUGUAUCGACAGAUUUCUGUUCGGGAUGAAGAUUGUAUUUAUCAACACAUUUUGUGGCGCCGGUCGCCUGACCAUGAGGUUGAGGUGUAG